AUGUCAGUGUUGAGUUUGUUGCCGGAAGAUAAAAGGAGGGACCAAAGAAAUUCGCUGGAAAGCGUCUACAGCAGCAACUCUCGAUUGAAUUUACUUAACAAGAGAAAGCGGUGUCAUCCCUUAGAGAUGUCCAGUCAGUCAAUAGGCAAGGGGGACAGAUACGUCACUCAGAGGGUGCUCUCAGCCAAGACGCAUAGAGUUAAACAGCUUCAAAAUCAACUGGCAGAUGCACAUUACCAUUUACAAGAGCUCAGCAACGAGAACCGAGUGUUACGCGCCGUACAAAAAAAACAAGAAAUUGCCCUACAAAGAUACGAGAAUUCUAACGCGGAACUGCCCCAAGUGCUGAACUCUCAUAACGAAGAGAUGAGGGUACAACAAAGCAGGUACAAACAGCUGAAGCACCAGUAUAAAGAAGUAUCGCAGAAGUUGAAAGAGCGAGACAUGCAACUACAGCAGUUAAGAGACGAGCAUCAGCAUUUACUGGAUCUGAGUAAAGAUAGGAAUCUUCUAGAACGUGAAAAACUCCAAGCACAAGUAACAGAACUAACAUCAAAAGUCCAACAACAAAACGAAACGAUCAGUAUGUUACAACGACGCAUCGCGCUGGAAGCCAAGAACUUCAAACAUCAAUUACAGGCUGAAAUCAACAAACAUAAAGACACAAGACAUGAUCUAGAUUUAGCUAUUACUAAUGCUGAUAAAUUAUCUACUAUUAUUGAGAUAAAGGAAAAAAUGUUAAGCACGGCGGCUAGUAGAGGCGGUAAAUCCCCCACAAAAGUAGGUUCGUUUACAAACGUGGCCCGAACUCUCAGCAAAAAUGGACGAGAUGGCAAAGGGGAUGAAAGAUCUAAUAUGACCCAAAUCGAACAAAGUAUGCUCGCAAAAUUAUGCGAAAACUCUCGCACUAUCAGUAGUUCUUUAUCACACGAAGAAGACACCAGCUCUUCGACCGAACCUCGUUCUAGAUACAUUUCAAGCAGAAACUCAACAAGCAACAGAACAACACCAAACCAAAUGAGAAAAAGCUCUAAAAGCUCCGACGAAAUAAUCGAAAUUGCAAAAACAGUGCAAGAAGGCAUGGCAGAUUUGACUAUCACAGACAAAAAUACUAAUUCAGAAGAAUUAGAAAAGAAAAUGGAAGCCAUGAAAACAGAACUUAUGAAUAAAAUAAAGAAUAACGAAGAUUCUAGAAGGCCAAGUGUUUUAAGACGACGGUCCACAGAAGAGUCUAUUGAAGAAGUCAUUGAAAGACCGAAAUCGAGAGGAAUGAAUUCUGUAGUUUCCUUCUAUGACAAUCCGAAUUCGGAUGAAGAUAAGAUACAGAUUAAAAAAGAUUUAAUAACAGAUAAAAGAGACAAACCCAUUGACAAAUAUUGCAAAGACAUAAUACAUGAUAUAGAAAAAAGUAGCAAAGUUAUCGAUGUUCAUAUGAAACAGUUUCGUCAGAAUAAAUUUGAAGGUGAUAAGUUGGUUGAAAAAUUACAAGAGAUUGAUAAAUUGAAUGAAUUUGUGACCAAAAAUGGUGACAUACCGUCUGAAGCGUUGACAGAGCUAAAUAAUAAUUUCAAAAUGUUAACUGAACAGGUUUUUACUGAGACUGUGCCAAAAAAACGUAUAGUUUCAGGAAGAAAAAGUUUGAGAAUCGAAUCUAGGACUAACUUUUUGGACGAUGACAUGAGUAACCAAGACCUGCUUGAAGAUUUACUAGGAAAGAAA